AGCAGGUAGACUUUAACCGAGGCCACUCCUACUCACGAACACAAGACUUGCGAUGUUAUUUCGGUGACAACUUCCCUUCGAAACACUGUCGGGUCAGAUUUUUUUUUAAAAAUCCUAUUUUAGCCUCUAGCUUGGCUAUGAGACAGUCGGCAGUCAGGAGUUGAAAGGCAGGUAUUUUCCAUCUGCACAGUAGUAGCUGCACGGUGUCUGAUCUGCACCAAGAGGCCAGCACCACACACGGAGACCAUGUGCAGCAAGACUUCACUCGGGGCGGUAUUGCUGAUGUUAUGUCUAGUCCUGGGUAGCGUCAUGUUCGCGAUUAGACAGCGCACGAGAGACGGACUGAGUGGUUUGUCUAGGAGAAGGCGAGGAGUGGUGUACGUCCAGGGAUCCAUACUGCAGCGGAUGUGUCGACAGUUUGCAUUUGGCCUGCAAGUGCCAACCGGCAUCCCGAACAGAAUGGUCAACAUCAACGUGGGUCUGCAGGCUAACUACAUGCUCCCCAGCAAUGCUUCUCAGUUCCACCGCGCUAGGCGCUGCGACCGUGGUGCCGACCUGCGCGACACCUACACACAGAUAGAGGAACUACUGGAGCAACAAGGCUUCUCCCCAGGGCGUGAUUGCUUGCUGAGGAGCAUAUGUGAGGCCGCAGGCGCGCCAUUUGCAGAGAGCCUUCUGGAGGAAAUAGCACGCGUCAUUCUCACGCCUUCGUGGGACCCUUCAGCAGCUGAAGGAAUAGAGAUGGGUGAACAGUACUUCAGGGCGGAGCUGUUAGGGAGAACCAACGGCAGUUGUCACAAGGAGUUCCCAGCCUGCAACAUCACUCCCCUGCAACUAGUGUCGGACUUCGUCAUGUGACUACAUCUUUCAAUAUGUGAGCGACCACUUUCUCAAAGUGGAGCACUUGGGCAGAGGCAAGCAGAUGUCACAAAUAGUUCCCAGCCUGCAAAGGCACAUCCCUGCAGCUGGUGUUGGACUUCAUUCUGUGACCACAUCUUUCAGUAUGUGAGCAACCACUUCGUCAAUGUCAGUUGCCUCAAGGAGUUUCUAGCCUGCAACAUCACUUCCCUGAAAAUGUAACUAUGUAGUAACUAUGUUUUCACGAAACUUUGACGUGUUGGCAUUCUCGUACCACACUUAUUCGAAAAUCCUACAUGUGUAAUCUGACUAAAUAUUUUCUAUACAGCUGCUCCCAUGGCUCUGAGAUUGAAGGAACACUAGAACUGGAAUAUAAAUUGGCUUAACUAUAGUUAUUAAUUGGUUGUGUUUCAAAGUAAUGCUAGAUUUUAACUUUUUAUAACUACUAUUUCCAAACAUUGGCAAUAUUUAGGCGUUGAUAUUAUAAAUUAUUUUUAAUGUUAACUCUUCUAAAUAUGUCGCUGAACCAGACAAUACUGUUUAUGUUUUUGUAUCAUGUUGACAAAUAAACGAUUCAAAAAAG